GAGAGAGAGAGAGAGAGAUACUGAAAGAACUGAAUGGUAAUACGAAAUGAAAUAGGAGAGUGAGGCGGUUUUGAUGAAUUAUGAAAGUGACGAAGACGUAAGAGAGGAGAAAGACACGGUAGAGACGUGACAAAGUUUCGUAUACGAAUGCGUGGUGUAUCCGGAUGCGCCGGUGCACCACCAGCUGCAGCUGCCAGUGCCGCUACUACCGCCACUGCUACCAGCACCGGCGGUGCUGCCUAGCGCUACCGCCGUCGUCGCCGCCGCUGUCUCGCUGGUGCUGCUGCCGCUGGCAGAGGCUCGCAGAAGUGUCCACCUCGUGGCAGUCGACACUUCCUGCCGGACGGUGGUAGUGUCCAGGCGCGCUGGACACACGACGAGCCGCAGCCGGUUGCUGCUGCUGUUGUUCGAACGUUGUAAGGAUUAAGACGUGGACGAGCCGGCCGUGGAACAGGAGACGAAGGAAGAAAGAGAGAAAGAAAGCAGGAGAUUAACAAGGGAAGAGGAAAGAAGUGUAAGACAGACGGUGGUGGGUGACACGCUGUGCUCUGUGAACUUCGACUCCCAACUUUACGACGAAGAGAACGUUUUUUUGUUAGUGUAACAGCGAGAAAGGGAGUGAGAGAGCGAGCGAGAGAUAGAGAGAGAGAGAGAGAGAGAGAGAGUGAAAGGGAGAGUGGAAGCGAGAAAGCGAGUGUGAGAGAGAAAGAGAAUUCGCGUGGGCAAAGAAAAAAAAAAAAAAAGAAAAGAAAAGGAAGAAAAAAGAGAGAAGAAAAAAAGGGUUUGACUAGCGAGUGCGACGAACCCUUUCGCUACUCCCUUACACGUACGGGGCUGCACACUCGUGCACGUACACCGCGAGAGCCGCGACGUGUCGCCGGUAAUAUAGCGUGUACGCUUUCGUUUAGAGGGUUUCUUCCCUCCGACGUCGACGCGCGUAGGAGUGCCGGAUCGCACGCGGUGCCUCCUCUUCACCGACGUCGAGUUCCGUCGGGGGUGUCUACCUUAUUUCCUUCUCCAUUCGUGUUUUCACCGUGACCCUCCAAUCCAAGUGGAACCCAACAAAAACGAAACAUACAACGAAGAGAGAAGAGAGAGGCGAGCAAGCUGUUUUCAGCGGUUGCGUGGAAAAGGAAGGGGUGGGAAGAGGAAGAGGAAGAGGAAGAGGAAGUGGAAGAGGAAGACAGGAGAGAACGGGAUCACGAGUUGGUGGUUGGUGCCGGGUGUGCUGGUGGUGUUUCGGCUUGCGGCAGAUCGUGGUGAUGCCUCGCAGCCGCGGAUCCUUGGGAUCGCUGGGUGCCGUAGGUAAGGAACGCGCUGGUGCUCGCGGAGCCGCAAUCCCGGUUUGGUACGGCGUCGUUGCGACGAGGACACGCUGACGAGCGCAACCCCCGGUGGCACGGCAGUGGUCGCUUCUGCAGGCCAUGUAUUACGGCCCGGCAAUCGACCAUACAAUCGGCAGCAGCUGCAGUGCCAGCGACCUUCAGCAGCCGCGAUCACCACGGCCACGACGACGUAGACGCGUUGCCGCGGCGCCCGGCGUCGCGGACGACGCCGACAACGAGGACGAACAUCUGUAUCACGAGCCGGCGUACGUUGUCCUCGAUGUGCAAUCGGACGAGAACCAUGGCCACAGGAUUGCUUGCCACGCCGCGCCGAGGCCUGGCAGAAGACGAGCCGGCGGAAACGCGAUUAGGAUACUGCUGCUCGCCACCGCCGCUGCCUUCCUCGCACUCGCCGUUUCUCCGGUGUCCGGCACGACAAACGAGAAAGAGGAAAAGACGACGGUGAGCAGCGUUGCUGUCACGGAAGAGAGCACGAGAUCCAGGACAGAGAGCGAUCCUGACGAUAGCAUAGACCUCUUGGCAGCGUUGCAGCUACACGACACGACGCGGCAGGGCGUUACACGGGUGCCAGGGCUGUUUAGGUUAAAGCCAGCCUAUUAUCUUCAGGGCGAGACGAGGGAGCUCCGGCUGGACGAGGCGAAUUUCAAACGGGCGGUCACGCUACUUCGGCGGGUUCCGGAAUUUACUAUAGCCGCCGCUCUGCGACAGGAGGAGGCCAAUUCCGGGACGAUCGUCGCCUUUUCACAUGGGAACAAUAGAUAUUUGGAGCUGCAGAGCAGCGGCCGUAGAGACGAGCUUCGACUUCACUACGUAUCGCGCCAGGACGGUAGCGUCCACGUGGAAGCGUUUCCUUUCCGUCUGGCCGACAGCGCCUGGCACAAGGUCGCCCUGAGCGUGAGCGGCUCGCAGAUCGAGCUGCUCGUCGACUGUCAUCUAUUGUACAGGCGGUUGCUCAGGCCCGGGCCACCUGACACCAAUUUCACUCUGCCGCAGCUUCAGCUUUGGGUUGGACAGAGAAAUGCCAGGCACUUUCUCUUCAAGGGUGCAUUGCAGGAUGUGAGGCUGAUAGCAGGCCCCCAUGGCUACCUGUCCCAGUGUCCGCUGCUCGAUUCGUUCUGUCCCACAUGCGGUCAAUUUUCUAUAUUACAAAACACGGUGGAACAGCUGAUGCGCAAUCUCAACGAGCUGACGCGUAGGCUAGCCGCUGCAGAGGGCAGGAUAAGCAAAGUGGAGGAGUGCGAGUGCCAAAAGUCAUGCAGGGCGAACGGCACCGUCCACGAGGACGGUGCCACAUGGGAGAAGGAUUGCCAACAGUGUUCCUGCAUUCACGGGGAGAUCGAGUGCAGGAAGACAGCCUGCGCACCCGUCAACUGCAAGAACCCUGUCAUUCCCGAGGGGCAAUGCUGUCCCAUUUGCCUAAAGCAAUGUUUCCUGUACGGAGUGCUGUACGAUCACGGCGAGAGAGUCUCGCCGAAGCAUUGCGUGCAGUGCGACUGUUUCGACGGCAGCUUCACCUGCCACAGGUUCGACACGGAUAAAAAAUGUCCGCCACUGCCCUGUCCACCGAGCGAGCAGAUCAGCGUAGCCGAGGAAUGCUGCAAGUUCUGUCCAGGGGUGGACUACUGCGCGAAGGGCCACAAUUGUCACGCUAACGCGUCCUGCCUGAACCUGCAGACAACAUACACCUGCCACUGUGAUAUCGGUUUCCAGGGGGAUGGUCAUAACUGUGACGAUGUAGACGAAUGCAAGCAGCAAGGCGGCUCCGAGGGUCAUCACUGCAACGCCAAUACAAAAUGCGUGAACGCGAUCGGCUCUUACACGUGCGAGUGUCUUCCGGGCUACCACAGAGUGGACAAGUUCAACUGCGUCGAGUUGAACGAGUGUACAACCGGCCAUCACGCGUGCGACGAGCACGCUACCUGCGUCAACACCGUCGGAAGUUACUACUGCACAUGCAACGAAGGCUACUCCGGCGAUGGUUACACGUGCAAGCCCAUCUGCAAUCAAAUCUGUCAAAAUGGUGGCGAAUGCGUGGCGCCAGGAGAGUGUUCUUGCCGGCAUGGUUACACCGGCAACAACUGCGAAAUGGAUCUCGACGAGUGCGCGAGCAACAUGGAUAAUUGUCACGAGACAUCGACGUGUGUCAAUAUGCCCGGUUGGUACUACUGUCGUUGCAAACCAGGCUACAAGAUCGGUUUCCACGAUGGUGUCCGGGGUGUACAGUGUAUCGAUAUCGACGAAUGCAACGACCAAACGAUCGAGAGGAGGCACACCUGUCAUCCUACUGCUAAGUGCAUCAACACCGAAGGAGGUUACAUGUGCAGUUGUCUACCACGCUCCUUUGACAAUCACGCUGUGGAGGAAUGUAGGCUGAGUUGCUGGUUCGAGGGCCGAGAGGUGAUGAACGGAGAUACCGUGCCGCAAGCCGGCAAUCCCUGCAGAAGUUGCACCUGCAAAAAUGGCGUCAUCACGUGCAAGGAUCCUGUCUGCGAUUGCAGCGCCCCGAGAAGUCGCAUGGACAAGUGUUGCCCUCAAUGCGACCCGGCCGCCUCCUGCAGGCAUCAAGAUCUUCAUUACCUGAUCUUCAGAAGUGGCGAACGAUGGAUAUAUCAGUGUCAGACUUGCGAAUGCCUGUACGGUGAGAUAGACUGCUGGCAGAUGGAGUGUCCACCAUUGACUUGCACGAACCCCGUGACAGAGGAGGGGGACUGUUGUCCUCGUUGCGAGAACGAUCCCUGCCGAAGAGUGUUGCCUGGGAACGACACCUCUCUCGAGGAUGUGACCAAAGCACGGCCCUGUAGUUACUCCGGCAUUGUCUACGAGAGUGGCAGCUCCUGGCAGGAUCCCCAUGACAAGUGCACCACGUGCGACUGCAGGGUGCCGUACUGCGCCCAAUUGGACGGGCAGCUAUGCUGCAGCUACGAUUACGGCUGCGCUGGCAAUUUGGGCAGCAACGGGCAGCAGCAACGUCCUCCAGUCGUUGUUCCUGAGCCUGUCGUACGCGCUCUACCGGGCCCUGCGGGGUCACCGAUGGCUGACGGUUCACCGGAAGCAGCUCUAUCAGCGGUUACAACCACCGCUGCAGCCGCCGUCGCCGCCGCUGGCGCAACACCAGUCACCAGCGCCUAUGUCCUGUCGGCCUCGUCUUCUUCCUCCUCGUCCGUCAACAGCGCCGCUACUGGCGGCACCAUCGUCAGAAAAGGUCACUGGACCUUGCAGAACAGCCUGCCAAGUCCAUCCCAGCAGCAAAGGGACGGCCAUCGCGUUCGAGUGCAAGCGCAGCAGCAGCAACAGCAACAGCAGCAGCAACAGCAGCAGCAAGCUCCACCGACAACUAGGUACCAGCUGGCCUCUCGAGCGACGACGAUGUCGUCGUCGACGCUUGAACGCGUUACGCUCGCGUCGACGUCGUCGUCGUCGACGACGACGACGAUCAAGCACGAGGCCAAGUCGCAAACGUCUGCCGCGCGACGUCAACGCGCCAAGAUGUCCAACAACGGCCUCGUCGGCGGCCUGCGUCAACGUACCAAUGCGUCCUACACUUCCACCUCUUCCUCCUCCACCUCCACCUCCACCACCGCCUCCUCGUCGUCGUCACCUUCGUCGUCCUCGCCACCUCUCGCCUUGCUGGUGCCUUCUGGCACCAGCCACAACCCACAGGCCUCGGACAACGCGUCGACGAGCACCACCAUUACCACCACAGCCACCGCCAGCAGCGAGAGCGUGGUGGCGAACGACGAUUACCGGAAAUCGGUAUCGACGGGGGGACGUCACCGGCGUAGCAACACCGAGGAAUCCGUGGCGCGCGACAGUGGUGCCACCUGAGACUGACGCUUCUGUGGACAGCUAGAAAAGAAAG